AUGGAUGGGUUAACGGGCAUAAUUGGUAUUAUUACUCCCAGGAAUCAUCACUGGAUUCGCCAAAUCCAUUUACAGAUUGUUUAUUCAAAAUUUUUAGAUUACGAUCUUAUUCCUGAUCUUUUCCACUUUGAUGAUUAUGACAAAUGUUUGUUCUAUACUAGUCAUAAUGAUCCUACGUAUUGUUCACUGACAAUACAACUACUGCCGGAAAAUACUAGAAAUGUUUCAGACAGUAUAAACAGGGCCUGGACUACCAUUCAGAAAAAUACCGAAAGUGCAUCCUAUUUAUAUCUGCCUCAGUGUAGAAUGAUAGUUUCAACAUUCCUUGUGAUUUCGUCUUGGCUAUUGUCCGUUCAGUUUUUUAAAAAACUCAAAAGUGAAGGUCGGAUUAGAUUUCGGUAUGUUCUACAAUCUAUAAUAAAAAGGUUUACGUCUGGACUAACCGUCAUUAUCUUGCAUACUUCUUGGUUAAAUCAUUUGUUUCGUGGUCCCUUCGCAGAAUCAAUUUUAGGAGUAGAAUCUAAUGUGUGUAGAAAAAAAUGGUGGACAAAUUUAUUAUACAUCAACAACUUUGUAAUGAGCGAUGGAGUGUGCCUCCUGCACACAUGGUAUUUGUCCGUAGACUUCCAGUUAACCAUUUUAGGAGUCUUUCUUCUAUGGCUAACUCAAAAGCAACCCAAAUAUCUACUGCUAACUUCAGGAUGUGUGAUUGCGUUUCAAAUAAUUUUUAUGUUUGUCUAUUUAGCUUUGAACAAUUUUAAGUUUGCUGUGAUUUUUACUCCAGAGCUGACGUAUUAUUUUAAAUUCAUAUUUUUGAAAGAGUGGCAAGCUACAUGGACUAGUACUUACUCAAAUUUAGCACCAUUUGCGUUUGGACUAUGUUUUGGUUAUCUCUACAUCCGACAUGAAAAACAAAAAUAUUCUAAGAUUUACAUAAAUUUGUGGCGGAUGUUGACCACACUCCUAAUUGUUGGUACUCCUUUUCUAUCCACGUAUCUUAUGACUACAACGAUGUACAGAAAUCGAUGGUUUAAUGCAGCGUAUGGAAGUAUAGAUAAAAUCCUCUUCGAUUUAGGAAUCGCACUGUUCAUUUUUGGAUUGUCUCAAAAUCUUGGAGGUAUUGUAAAGAAGGGUUUUGAAUGGAGUCCAAUGCAUACACUGGGACAACUUUCUUUUGGUGCAUACUUGAUCCAUCUCAGUAUUCUAGAAACAGAUGCUAGUUUGAGGCGAACGCCUCACUACUUCUUAGAUUUUUUAGCUGUCAGUGUUAUUCGAGCUCGCUUCCAUCGAUCAGGAAAUAUUGAUUUCGAAAUGGCCAUGUUAAUGAUGAACGUCAACGGUUUUGCCAGAGCGAACCUGACGUCGUACACCAAGAAGCUAGGAAUCGCUGAUGGAUGA